AUGAUCUUUAUGGAUAUCUUUGCAGUAUUUACUCAUCCAAUAACGUAGCAAAAGAGUUUCAGAGUUAUCCCAUUGCUACAUCAGUGUAUCCAUCGUGAUAAAAAAAGUUCUAGAUUAUAGCAUGCUCGCAAUAUAAAAACUUAUUUCGUUAAACGUAAGAAAUUGAACCAACAAAGUGCUAUGAUAAGUUUACUCAUUAAAGUGGACAUUUUUAUGAAAGUUGGGGGGUGAUUUCUAGGAGUAUCAAGUUUGGAUGAAUUUUGUGUUGAACUUUUUUCCACCAUACCUGCAAAUACUUAACAUUUGGAAAUUUUUAACUUCCUUUACCAAAUAGAAUCACUGUCAUUUAAGCACCUUUAGUUUAAUGUUUGAUUUACCAAAAAUAAUAUUAUGAAAAAUCUUCAGGGAAAUUACUGAAAAUUAUUUGUUUCAUAGCGAAAAUAGCUAGUUUUACAAAAAAAACUUCUCCUCAAUGUCAAGGUUAACAAUUAAAGAAAAAUGAUCUAUGCAAUAUUUAAACCUGAAUAUCACAUGCAAUGUAUUGAGGACCAGAGUUGAAGUCAUUCAAUUUCUCUUCUUUUUCAUCUCUUUUUACCUCUCUUUACGUAUGCUUCUCUCAGUACGUACAGCAUUGGAGAAAGAUAUUUGGAGGGAGUUGCUUAAGCAAUGUAUUUCUCUUUAGAUCCUUUGACUAUAAAACGAUCAGCAAUGUUUAAUUAAAAAUCAGUUCAGUUCAAUUCAUUGAUCAAACAACAUUACUAAAAAUGGCAUUCAAAUUCUUCUCAUUCUUUGCCCUCGUUGCCGUCGCAAGUUGCGGAGUUGUCUAUGACCAACCAGCUUAUACUUACUCACAUGCUGCUCCAGUUGUUCAACAACCAGCUUACACAACAUACUCACAUGCUGCCCCAGCUGUCCAUCAUGUUUCUCCAGUUGUUAAAACCGUUGCCCCUGCAGUCGUAGCUCAACCAGCUUAUAUCAAGCAAGCAUAUGUUGCCCCACAAGUCAUCACAAAGAUCGCUCAACCAGUCGUUCACAAAGUUGCUGAAGACUACGACCACAAUCCACAAUACUCAUUCGCUUAUGAUGUCCAAGACAGUUUGACCGGAGAUAGCAAGUCACAACACGAAUCAAGAAAUGGAGAUGUUGUUGAAGGACACUACUCACUCGUUGAUGCAGAUGGUUUCAAGCGUACAGUUCACUAUAAAGCUGAUCCAAUCAAUGGAUUCAAUGCUCAAGUCGAAAGAGAACCACUCACCCACAAAACAGUUGUUGCACAACCAACAAUCGUCAAGACUGUUCAACCAGCACUCGUCAAGACUGUCCACUCAGCUCCAGUCAUUGCUCAUCACGCUGCCACAGCUUACUAUCAUCACUAAGAAACCUAACCUACAAAUUUGAGUUAUCAUGAGUGAUGAAAAAAACUAUAAGGAAAUCGCAGCUAUUAAAUUCAUUCAUGAGGAUUGCUAGAAUGUCAAAUACUAGUUUUUAUUUAUUAAACAAAAAAUAAAAGAAAAACAAUAUGAAAAUUAAAUUAAGAAUUUUAAAUUUUUAAAAAACUAAACUGAAGAAUCAACUGAUAAAUAUUGAUUAAACUCUUAUAAUGCCUACAUAUUUCAUUCAAUUAACAUUCAAAAGUUAAGCGUGUAAUUUUUGUAAAUUAAAAGAUUAAUUGAAACUUUUGUUCUUUAAAAAAAUUAUUUUCUACUAAGCCUUAGCCAUCAAGAGGAAUCAUACCAGAUAAUACAAGCAUCGACAGGCAGACAUUGAAGCUUAAAGUUCUAUUCGAGUAGAUUUUAGAAUUAAAAAAAAAAACACACAAACGCUGAUGAAAUGAAAUCUGCUCAUUUCUCAUCUUUCAAGUGAGCUGAUAAGUCAUCAAGUGCAAAAUUAUUCUAUUCCUGUACUGAACUUAAUUAAUAUCGAAUUAUGCCUCUUUUUGAUGCAAUCGGAAAAGUGUUUGAAGAAGCUGGAAAAGCUACUGUAUCUAUGUCAAAAACAGUCGGAAAUACUAUGACUAGUGCAGUAGAUAACAUUGUCAUCAAACCAGCUAAAGUAGUUGGCAAAACUUCAUAUUCUGUUGUGGAUAAUGUUAUCUUGAAGCCUACAACCUCCAUUUAUAAUUCUGCAAUGGGAAAUUCAGAUAAAUAAAUGUAUCUGUGCUUUUCUGAAUAAAUAUUAAA